AUUUGUGCGUUAAGAUGGGUUAUUGUCAAACCCUACAAAAUGGGCUAUUGGAUGAGAAGAAACAGUGAAAUUUUAAGGAGAAAGAAGGAGAGAUGAAGAAAAUAGUGGUAGUAGUUGAAGAAGUGGAAGCAGCUAGAGCUGCUCUUCAGUGGGCUCUUCAUAACUUGCUCAGCUAUGGUGAUCUGAUCAUUCUUCUUCAUGUCUUCCCAGUUACAAAACCAUCAUCAUCAGUAAACAAGAAACAGAAUAAUCACAACAGCAUCACCAACAACAGAAAACGGGCUUUGAGAUUGAAAGGAUUUGAAUCAGCCCUUUCUUUCAAAGGCCUUUGUGAUAGUUUCCUUAGUGCAAAAGUUCAGAUUAUCGUCAAAGAAGGUGAUCAAGAUGGUAUUACAAUAGCAGCGAUGGUGCGUGAAAUCGAUGCUUCCGCUUUGGUUGCAGGACUCCAUGAUGAAAGCUUUCUUUACAAGAUGGCCAUGGCUAACACCAUCAUAAAUUGCAGAAUCCUCGCCAUUAAAGAACCAACUGUUACAAAGACAAACACUACGUCGAUAUUACGAAAUAAUUCUACAAAUUUUGAUUUUUCGCAAAUCGAGAUUACUAGAUUAGGUGUUUCUCCAAUUCGUCUGCCAAAAAUUCCUUACCAAAUUUUACCGAGCCCUUUUAGGAUCAUAUGGAGAUCAAAGAGAUGAAGAGGGAGACAAAAUGCCGUAUAACAAAAAGUCAAACAAUUUUGUCCAUUGGAUUUGUUCAUAAUGGUACUACCUGUCAGCUUUCACAAUUCACACGACGAGGCACACAAGUUCCAUGUUCGAUGAGAAGGUCCACUAAUGUAUUUGUGUAAAUUUGUGAAACGGUGCAUAAAUCAACAAGAAAAUAAAAUAAAAAGAAAAGAGGCAAUUUCCUUGCGUGAUUUUUGGGCCGACCGAGAGGGAAGACCUUUAUAUGGCUUUUGUUUUUUGUUUUUUUUUUGGAAAUUGUAAGUCAUCAAUUGACACAAAAAGAUUGGAUUUGGUA